CGCAUAUUAAAAACGGAUUCAAGUGUAUCAGGAAUCACGGAGUGCACCUGGAGAAGAACCAUCGGUUCACAGGAAAGGUUUCACAAAUUUCUGAAAUAGAUGGUCUGCUGAAAGUAAGUAUACAACGAUUGAAAGCAUAUCUUCUUUUGAUUUGUUACUGUUCCGCUCCUCAGAUUACUCAUUUUAAUAUCUUCUGUACUACUCCUGCAAUUGAAACUUAAACUGUAUCACAAAUUUCCUACUGCCUCAUCUUUGAUUGACUACUUCAUAUCAAAUGAAUAACUCUGUAUCUCAAAAACAGUAUUUUAUAGUAAUAUGUUCAACUAAUCUAGAUAUAGCAAAUUAUAGUUCAUAUUCUACAACUCUGUACACUAAUAUGGCCUAUGUAUAAUAGAGAAUAAUCAAAUUGUCCCUCCCGCAGUUUAUUUUACUUCAUAAGCUUCAAUUUGCAAACUAAUUUAAACCUACUCAUUUUGUCAUGGUGUAGACAUUGAAUGAACUGCCUCCACCUAAAGCCACACUGCGUAACAUCCAGUCCAUGGAUGGAGAAACUGAAAAGGUCGAUGACAAUAAGCUCAAGGAGUGGGUGUACAAGCAGCCUAUUGUAGGCGUUCUACCGUCAACUAAAGAAUUUGGCUUGUUAGGAGAUAUACACGCCACCUCUCACCCCAAAGCGGGCAAAGCCAGAUCUCAAAUACAAUCACGAGAACACGCUGUUUUAAUCAAGGGAUAUGGGAAUAUUGGCAAACAUAAGUACCGGACAAUACAAAACUCAUAUGGAACGGACUGGUGUGAUGGAGGACAUGGGAAGGUUAUUCGUGAAAUGCCCGGAAAGCAAAGCAUCUUUUCCUCGGCUUGGUAUCCAGAGGAUUUCAUUGUGGAGUGGGCGGCAAAACGAUCUAAAAUGGGAAGGAGGAAGAUGCAGAAGUAGUUGAGGUUCCUGUUCCCGCAUGUGCAAUAACUUGCGCUAACGUGCCCACUUUCUUGGGAAAAUACUAGACACACUGAAAACUAGUUAUGGUAUAUAGGUCCAAGGAUUAUAUGAUCCUUUUGGAGUUGAUCAGAGAGCAAGAUUUGGUAAUGAAAAAGUAGAUUGAAAAAAUGGAAAUAUUAGUGUUUGCAUCCACAGUUCUGCAGGAGGAUUGUCAGAGCAUGCUUUUCAUUUUGAGUGCUUUUUUCUUUUUUCAACAUGUUUCUUGAAGGCUAUGUUUGGGAGGCGAAAGUUAGUAGUGAAACUUGAGAGGAAAAAAAUACAAACUAAGUAGUGUUUCCUUGCAUUUGGUUUUACCUUGGAAAAUCUGAAGGAGAAUAUAAUAUGAAUAGAGCUGCACAUAUAUUUAUACUUUUCAGUCGGUGUGUAACACAAUUAGACAAUACUUUAAAAAAUAAUCUUGAACAAAAAUCUAAAACUGGUUUAUUGAGUUUGAGACAGUUCAAUGACAUUUGAUUCUGAGUAUCUUGGUGUAAUAUAAUUUCUUACCGUAUUUCUUUCCUUGACAAUUUUUUCCAGUACUGCAAACUUAUUUUCCAAUCAUCUCUUAUUUUCAUUGUUUUUACUCUCAAAAAAGAUCAUCUCUUAUUUUCACCGUUUUAUCAUAAAGGUUAUAUGAGCUGGCAAAUAAAAGAAGAAUUGCAAUUGUUGUAGCUUCAACGUUGUUGGCUAACAUUUUACAUUCUUAGUGUGGAAUGGGCUUAUUAGCUGGAAUUAUGAGCGCUGGUUGGGAUGAAAAGGGUCCACGACUGUAUUAUGAGGACAAUGAAGGUGGACAACCAAAGCGAAACAGGUUCUCUGUGGGAUCUGGUUCUCCAUAUGCUUAUGAAUUCUGGAUAAUGGGUAUCAGUAUGAUUUGUUUGUUGAAGAAGCAGCAGAGUUGGGAAAACGGGCGCAACAUUCUGAGAUGGGCAAGUGGAGGUUUUGGCCCAAAUGGAUGGAAGAAACUAUCGGGUGAUGAUGUUGGAGAGCUUUACUGCCGUUACAAUCCCAUUGAGCCUGCAGCAGUGGAACAUGAAAUGACUGAUGUGCCUGUUGCCUGAGACCCCCCGUCAAGUGACUGUUUCGUGAUUUGAUCUACUUAUUUCCUUUUCCCUGUGGUUGUUUCUAUGCACAACCUUGCAUGCUUUGAGUUCAUCAGAUCUGAAGUUUUCAUCAUUCUUGACUAUGUAUCAGCUCUGUACUAUACUACUAUUGGUUAUCUCAUUAUGCAAGAGCUCUAGCUAUGUAUCAGCUCUGUAAAAACCGUAUGCUUGAUUGUUUCAAAUCCCAAUUUCAACAAAUGUGUAGUUG